AUGCAGUCCGAGGCCCUCCAUCGCCUCGCCGAGUUUGGGCGAGAGGCCGCGGGCGCGCUCGCGGCGUCCGACGCGUGGUCGCGCGUUUGCGCCAACCCACCUCUCCUCGCCCAGCUGCGCGACGCCCUGCUGGAGAAUGAGUGCCCGCCGGUUGAGCGCAAACUCGCGCGCGAGAUGCUCUCGGCGAGCGGCCUCACGGCCCUGAGUUCGCGAGUUCGCGAGUUCGAGAGUCGCACGGCGAGUGCGGCUCCGGCCCAGCCGGACGACUUCCCGCUCGUGGUCCUGCUCAACCGCGUCGCGCGGACGCUCGGCCUGCUCCCUCUGGUCGCGCCCUCCCCUCUCCACGAGCGGGCGCCGUACUGUGCCGUCUGCGGCUUGACCAUGGACGGGAUGGCGGCAGACGGCACGCCGCUCCAGGUGGUCGGAAACCCGCCCUACGACCCCGACUCGGUCGAGCCGGCCGGUGGCGAGGUGCUCUUUGGCCUGCUGCUGCUUCGCUCGAUGGUGCCUCCGCCCGGUGAGCCCGGGUGGGUGCUCUGGCGCGAGGCGGCGUGCGGCUGCACAAUGCUCGACCACUGCUACAUCGUGCUGCGUGGCGCGUCGGCCGCCUGCCCCGGCACAGCCUGCCCCGCUUGCGGAGGGGAGAUCGAGGCGUGCCGCCGCUCUUUUUGGCGGUACGGCGUGUCCGGAACGCCGCACGAGCUCGGCUUGGAAGACGAGCACUCGGCGCCGGAGGACAGCGAGGCGAAGGCGGCGCUCGACAAGGCAAAGGAGGCGCUCGACCCGCGCAAGCUCGCGGUGGUGAGGCGCUUCCUCCCGCCGAGGCUGGCGCUGGAUUUGGAUGAUAUGCAGCACUACUACGGGGGGGGUUCCUUCCCAAACGGUGCGGAGGCCGAGGGCUCCCGGAGGAAAUGGUCCUGGCGGAACGGGAGGGGGCUUUAA